AUGUCACUAGAUUUGACAACUCAACAACAAGCAAAUCAGGAAACCAAAACGGCCACUCACCUCCAGGGCUGGACUGGACCUGCUCUCUUUCGUCAGUCGGACCUCAAAGGCUCAGAGGUGGACGUGUUUUUGCCCGGCCUAUGGGGGGCGCUACACGUGGUCUGCAUCAAUACAUUUGUCCUCCAUACACUUCAGAACAAGGGCUCGGGGAGGAGAGUGGAGCUCAGAGAUUUUACCAGGUCUUUGGGGUCCCAGCUCGUGGUGGACCCCCCUGUGUCGGUGCCGGUGCUGCCCAGACUGCACAGCUCCUACCAGGACGGCCCCUUCACCGACGCAACCAACCAGAGUUUCUCUGAGACCAGCUGUAGUCCAGUUGUGAAGAAUGAGAAGUCAGUGAAAAACCAGCCUGGAGUCUGUGGCCUGGACAACUCAGGCAACUCCUGUUACCUCAACGCAGUGUUCCAGUGUCUCUGCUCCACAGUGCCCCUAGUGGAGUAUCUGCUGCAGCCGGACACCAGGAAACAAAUCAGCAGGUGUAAGUGCCGGGUGGCAGAGGUGUUUGUGCGCCUCUUGGAGCAGAUGUGGUUGGGCAGAGCUGCUCGCUGUGCCCCCCUGGAGGCCAGGAGUGUGCUCUGCUCCGUCCUCCCACAGUUCAACAACCACCUGCAGCAGGACGCCCAGGAGCUGCUCAUGUACUGCAUCAACGCCCUGCACGACGAUCUCAAGAAGGUUUCCCGUCAUCAGUUGGGUCGGGAGCAGAGGAGGGCGGGCCUGCGCUCGGACAGUACGGUGGUGUCACGUCUGUUUGAGGGGCGUCUGAGUGGAGUGACUCUGUGUUUACACUGUGACCAUCAGGCUCACAGCGCUCAGCCUUUCACCAUCCUGUCUCUGCCCAUCCCCACAGACCUCAUCUCCUGCUCCAUACAGGACUGCCUGUCACUGUUCUUCCAGCAGAGCGUCCUGAGUGGGGGGGUCCUGUGCUCUGAGUGUGGUCUGAGGAGAGAGACUGCCGUGGUCACGUAUCUCGACAAACCCCCCGAAAUCCUCAUCCUGCACCUCAAACGGUUUGGUUGUAAAGGAAGGAGCCAAGUCAAACUCAAGACAAAUGUAGAGUUUUCGACAGAGACUCUGGACCUGAGCCCGUUCCUCUCCAGCUCUGCGCUCAGCUCAGACUGCUCCUCCUACAGGCUGUACGCCGUCGUGAACCACAUUGGUCACUUGCACAUGGGACACUACACAGCUCUGAGCUACAACACCGUGACUCAGACCUGGCACUGCUUUGAUGAUUCUGUGGUGCGGCCAGUAGAGGGCGUCCUGGUGCAGUCUCCUCACGCGUACAUCCUGCUCUACAGCCGCAAGCCUUUCCACAAACCGCAGAUACAAGGGCUGUAAGAAACACAACCAUCUCUGACCUCAAA